GCUGUCCACGUCAACACUAACGCCACCAUGGACUCCGUGGCUCUGGAACCUUCACUGUACACUGUUAAGGCUGUCUUCAUCGUGGAUAAUGAUGGAAACAGGCUCCUUUCAAAGUACUAUGACCCAGAGCUGUACCCCUCUAUAAAGGAACAGAGGAACUUCGAGAAGAAUGUCUUCAACAAAACACAUAAAGCAGACAAUGAAAUAGCCUUUCUGGAGGGCAUGACCAUAGUCUACAAGAGCAGCAUUGACCUGUUCUUCUAUGUUGUGGGCAGUGCACAGGAGAACGAACUAAUGCUAAUGGCUGUGUUGAACUGUCUGUUUGAGUCUCUCAGUCAGAUAUUAAGGAAAAAUGUAGAGAAAAGAUGUCUGCUGGACAACCUAGAUGGAGUCUUCCUGGUGGUGGAUGAAAUCAUUGAUGGAGGGGUGAUCCUGGAGAGUGAUCCUCAGCAAGUAGUCGAGAAGGUCAAUUACAGGGCUGAUGACAAUCCACUAUCGGAGCACAGUGUGGCACAGGUGUUACAGACGGCAAAGGAACAAAUCAAGUGGUCAAUACUGAAGUAAUAUUCACCAUCAGAGAAGAUUUGUUUAUCAUCUGAAUUAAAUUGGGAAUUAUUUUACUUUUUACACCCUUCUGGCAUAGUAAUUCCAAGAGUAAAUGUAAAUUUCUCCAUUUACUAUUAUCAGCAGUUAGAAAUUCAGACUCAAAUACUUUUGUUACACUUAAAACAAAGCCUGGGGAUCACCCCUUUAUAUAAAGGAUGUUUUUUUGAAAAAGCUACCAACUUCAAUAUUAUACACAGUAAAUAUAACCUGAUUUGCACUAAAUAUUUGUAGUGUGAGCUGCACCAGCUGCUAGAAAGACUGAGAGCUUUUAAACUAGUCAAAAGUCCUACUCAAUUCGACUUUGUUUUUAUUAUUUUACAAGUAAAUGUAUCUAGACUUGGUAUAUAUAUGUCGUUUUAAUUUUUCAAUACUUCAUGCACUGCUAAUGUUACAUCAUAGAUGUGUUUAUUACUACAACUUGUUUAAUUAAUAGAUUAUAUUAGUUAAACAAGUGUAAUCAUGUUACUUUAUCUUUAUGUAGGCCUGGUAUUAGGUCGUUCACUCUUUACACAAUGAAGUCUUGUUUAAAACCAAAGAGUAAAAUCAUGAGUAAAUUAAUAAAUAGUUAUCUUACUGAAGAAAGAAUAAUAAUAAUACAAAAACAUUAUAUUCAGCUUUUGUACUGCAUACAACUACACAUUGUAAAUAUAGCAAGUUACUCAUGAUAAUGAUAAAAUGUUUAUACUUAAACUUAUACUUAAAAUAGUCAGGAUGUAGCAAAUGUAAUUGGUUCAUUCUUUCUUUAGUGAAAGUCAAUUACUCUCUUUUUUCCUUUUUUCAUUACGUAAAUUACUGACAAGCACUCAGAUACAUUUUCUUAAUUUAUUAUUUAUUUUGUGUAACUUUGAAGGUAUGUCAAUGAUUAGUUAAUAUUAUCAUUCUUUAUAUUUAGUGUUUCUGUUU